AUGCGCUUAUGGACUGAACAAGUGCAUAGUUCAAACCAGUUUCGAAGAAGGUCUCAAAGGGUUCCAAGCGCCAUGACUGGAACACAAGACGACUGUGCUGACCUGGACAAAAUCUGGGGCUGGAACGCCAUUGUGCCGUUGACAGUCGAGGGUAGUGUUCAUGAUUUGAUUGCUGAACAAUCUCAACUGCGGCCGGAUGCUGCAGCAGUCGAUGCCUGGGAUGGUUCUUUCACUUAUCAUCAACUCGAGGAUCUGGGUGGGAGGCUAGCGUAUGCGCUUGCGUCGCGAGGUGUGUCCGUGGGUGAUGUCGUUCCGAUCUAUCUGAGCAAGAGCAAAUGGAUGCCGAUUGCUAUGCUUGGCAUCAUUAAGGCCGGAGCAACGGCGGUUACGCUGGACAUUAACCAUCCGCGAGCACGGCUGCAGAGUGUGCUGCAGCAGACCCAAGCAGGCUUGGUCAUCACAUCGCCGGAUCUGCGACCUCACUUGCCAUUCUCCGAGCAACGGCAAGUAUUUGAGCUCGGUGAUGGCCGAAUUGUUGGACUCGGAAACAAUCAUCUCCAUCGGAAGGUCGAUCCAUCGCAGCCGGUGUAUAUCAGCUUUACGUCUGGGACAACCGGCGAGCCAAAAGGUGCCUGUAUGAGUCAUGCCAACGUAAGGAGUGCCGUGUGCCAUCAGUCCAGCAGGCUCGGGUUCCACAGCUCCUCACGCGUUCUCAACUUUGCUCCCUACUCGUUCGACGUGGCGUGGUGCGAUUUUCUACAUACAACGUGUGCAGCUGGAUGUCUCUGCAUCGCGCAGGAGCAGGAGAUGCUGGAGGACCUAGAGUCCGUCUUGACCGCGUAUCGGUGUACGCUGAUCAACGUUACGCCGACGGUGCUCCGAACGCUCCGCUCUGGACCAUCGACUCUCCAAACCAUUCUGUUGAGUGGAGAAACACCUUAUCCGGAGAAUAUAGCACGGUGGGCGAAGCGCGUUAGAUUGGUCAACACAUAUGGGCCCACGGAAUGCACGUUUAAAUCUGCAUUUACGAUCAUCCGCGCGGAGCAACUUGAGCCUCCUAGCGUUGGCGUCGGAGUUGGAUGUUGCACGUGGCUGGUCGACCCUAGUGACAACUCAAGCCUGGUGUCGAUUGGGGCGGUGGGCGAGCUAUACCUUGAGGGACCUCUAGUCGGUCAAGGAUAUAUAGGGAAUGCGGAGCUGUCUUCGAGUGUCUUCAUCGAGAGCCCUCCUUGGUUGCUCAAAGGAUCUGCGACGCACCCUGGCCGAAAGGGAAUGAUGUACAAGACGGGAGAUCUCGCCAGGUAUAAUGCUUCUGGACAGCUGAUCAUCGUCGGUCGAAAAGACACGGCACAAGUGAAGAUCCGAGGUCAACGGGUCGAAGUGGCCGACGUUCAACAUCAUGCGCGUGCGGCGCUGCCCAAUGAUUGCUCGGCUCUCGUCGAUGUCGUUCGGCCAGCUGACAGCCACGAACCUUUGCUCGCUCUGUUUAUCGAAACGGCAGGGCAUACGAUCCCUAAGUUGCAAAAAGUGCUGACUGACCUCGCGGCGACGCUUGCGCACGUUCUCCCGAGCUUCAUGCACCCAACGCUGUAUUUGCCGCUAGCUGAAAUCCCACGUGCAGCCACUGGGAAAGCAGACUCGCCAGCGUUGCGACAGUGGGCCAGCACAAUGACGGUUGCACAGUUGCAGCAGCUGCAGUCGACUGUGUUUGGACGUUCGAUUCACACCGAGCCAGCAAACGCACGCGAGUUCCUCUUCCGAGAGAUCUGGGCGGAGAUUUUACGGCUACCUGUCAGUGCCAUCAGCACUAGUGACAGCUUUUUGCGGCUGGGAGGAGACUCCGUGAAAGCCAUUGAGAUGAUCGCAGCCGCACGACGGAAACGGCUGGUACUCUCUCUCUCGAGCAUAUUCCACGCGGCCACUCUGCGGGACGUUGCUGAAGCGGCGAAGACAGCGAAUGAGGUAGCGCAUACGGUAGUAGUUCCGCCGUUCUCACUGCUCGAUGAUUCUUUGGAUCGUGAAAGCGUCCGUCGGACCGCGGCCUUUACACUAGGAAUCGACCCCGAUAUCAUCGAAGAUAUCAUACCUUGCACGGCGAUGCAACAAGGCUUGAUCUCCAUGACCUCGGCACGUCCCGAUAGCCAGGUUUGUGAGUCGAGGUAUCAGCUGCAAUCGUCAAUCGAUAUUGAUGCGUUCAAGGUCGCGUGGCAGAGAGUGGUCGAUGCAGCUCCACUGCUGCGUACUCGUAUCGCACACACUCCGGCCGGAGAUUUGGUGCAAGUCGUGAUUAGUGCCGAGCACUCCAUCAUCCACUGGCAUGCGAGCAAUCCUAUCGAUGGAGACUCGAACUCCAUGGGACUCGGAACCGCUCUCUUCAGGUUGAGCCUCGACCUUGGCCAGGGAUCGCAUACGCUCGUUUUUAAAAUGCACCACGCAAUGUUUGACGGAUGGAGCAAGGCUUUGAUUUUCAGAGCGGUCCGAGAUGCAUACCACCAUCCUCACGUCUUACCAGAAUUGGCAACCUUCCAGCCCUUUGUAAGCUUCGUGCGCAAGCAGAUAGCAGAUGCUCGGACCAGCACAUAUUGGAGUGAGCAGCUUCGCAACUGCGAGAUAGCACGCUUCUUGCCGCCGAGCAAGGGGACCGGUGGCAAGCAAGCCAUGCAAAUGGUGGUUACGAACCUUCAAUGGCCCCGCUUUGGAAUCACGCCGUCUUCGACGAUACGUGCUGCACUAGCAGUGCUCUUGUCCAAGUAUACGCAUUCGGACGACGUCAUAUUCGGGUGCACGGUGAGUGGAAGGCAAGCAGCUGUACCAGACGUGGAUCGAAUCGCUGGACCGACCUUUGCGGUCGUGCCGAUCCGAGUACGGUUGGACUGGGAUUGGACAGCAUAUGAUGUGCAGCUGCGUGUACAAGAGCAGAUGGUCGAGAUGCAUGAUUUUGAGCAAUUCGGGCUCCGAAACAUUCGUAGCGCUGCGGGAAUGUCGUGCGUGGGCGACGCGGGUCUGUUCCAGGUGCUACUCGUCGUUCAACAAGAUCUGCACCACCUGACAGCGGGCGAGGGUGACGACCUGUUCGUGCAGGCUCGUAGAUCGGCUCCUCCGGGAGGUGCUCCGGAUGAAGCUGACAGCUUGUCGCCGUUCAACGCGCACGGGAUGAUGUUGGUGGCCUCGCCCGUGGCAUGCGGCGUGGUCUUGGACAUCAGCUACGACACGGCCUCGCUGGGUCGACGGGAAUGCGAGCGCUUUGCCCACCAGUUGGAGCAUGUGCUCCGACAGCUUUGCGCCAAGGAGCACGUGACAACGAAGCUCAAGGAUCUGUCGCUUGCGAGCGCGUCAGAUGUCGCGCAGGUGUUGGAUUGGAAUCGGGGCCCAAGUGUCAGAGACAGCUCGGCUUCUGCAUCUGCUUCUGCGGACGUGUGUGAGAUGGUCCGACGGCGAGUCGCCACGCACGCCGACCACAUUGCCGUCGACGCCCACGACUGCACCCUGACAUAUGGCGAUCUGUGGUGCUUGUCCUCGCGUCUGGCGCGGGCGCUCGGACACUGGCGACUGUCAAAAUGCCGCGUGCCGCUGUGCUUCGACAAGUCGUCGUCGAUGGUCGUGGCCAUGUUGGCGGUGCUGCGUGCCGGCGGAUGCGCCAUUCCCGUGCCCUCGUCCGUGUCCGUCGACCGCGCGCGGCAGCGACAGCUUGUCGACACUUGCAAGUCGCGCGUCGUCGUAACUUCGAGAGCGCUGGCCACCUCCCCCUCCCCCUCCACCUCGCCUUCCACCUCCACCUCCACCCGCUGUGCCUUUACCGAGUUCACCGAGUUCACCGAGUUGGCCGAGCUGACCAAGGUGUUGCUUCUGGAAGACUUACUCGAUGAAGCAGGACCUUCAUCUAUGCACGUGCACGGCCGCGGGGCCAUGUCCGGCGGGUCCGACGGGUCCAGCGACUCCGACGGGGCCGACCCCUCGGAUGCGGCCGUCGUCGUCUUCACCUCCGGCACGAGCCGCUCCUCCAAGGCUGUGCUCUGGACUCGCCGCACGCUCAGCAGCAACGUCCAAGCCGCCAUCGACCUGUUCCGCCUCAACGCCGACAGCAAAGUCUUGCAGUUUGCCUCCUACGACUUUGACGUCAGCAUCAUCGAGACCUUCGCCGUCCUAUGCGCCGGAGGCCGCCUGUGUAUUCCGCCACAAGCCGAGCUGCUCGACCGAUUGUCCCUCGCCAUCAACGCCACGCAAGCAAACUGGAUAUGUCUGACGCCGUCGGUGGCCAGCUUGCUCGACCCGCAGCACGUGUCGUCCCUGCGUACCGUGGUGCUCGCUGGCGAACAAGUCACCCCGGCCCACGCACAACCAUGGGUCACGGUUGGGGCCGAGGUGAUUGUCUGGUAUGGGCCAGCCGAAGCGCCAGUGGCCACGUCGUACUGCCCCUCAAAAGAACACGGCUGGUCCGCCGGUGUGAUCGGGAAGAGCAGAUAUGCUCGCACUUGGAUUGUUGAUCUUCAAAAUCCCAACCACUUGGCUCCGAUUGGAGCCGUAGGAGAGCUUUGUCUGCAAGGUGCCAUCGUGGCGAAGGGCUACCUGGACAGCACCGGGAACGCAAGCCAUCACGUCGCUUUCCGCGCACCGUCCGCCACAGCGCACAUUGCUUCGGCCAUCGGCGCCCAGGGACACACGUUCUAUCGGACGGGCGACCAUGCAAAGUACGAUUCAGAUGGCAAUCUUAUUUUCAUGGGUCGUGAUACCGACGUGUGGGUCAAGUCGCAUGGCAGGCGUCUCCAACUUUCAGAGCUGGAGGAGGCGGCUCACUCAUUCUUCCAAGGCCGACCGCGAAGUACACUUGUGGCGGAUGUGGUGUCGUUUGCGGAUCUGGACGCUACCCAUCUGGUGCUUUUCAUCUGCACCGCCUUGUGCCAGGCCGAACAGGGUGACGUCGUGCUCGAUGAAACGCAUCGACCCGAGACACUGUUGGAGCUCAGGCAUCAUUUGGCUCGCUUGCUUCCAGCGUACAUGAUUCCUACGCAUUUUCUACCAGUCAGCACGGUCCCACUCGCCAGGACCGGCAAGAUUGACAGACGUAGACUGCAUCGCUUUGCCAAAACGCUCACUCGAGCACAAGCUGCUGCAUUGGCCCGCUGGGGAAAUGAUGGCGACCGGGAAGAAGUAUUGUCUCCUGUCGAGAAGACUUUGUCUGACCUCUGGGCGACGGUGCUGGGCGUAGACGCCAACCAGAUGUGUCCAAGCGACCACUUCUUUCGCCUGGGCGGUGACUCGAUUAGUGCAAUGCGUCUAGUCACUGCCGCUCGGGAGCACAACAUCCGUCUGACAACGGCGCAGGUCUUCAAGAACCCAACUCUACGCGACAUGUCAUCCCAGGUCACGAUCGGCAAGAUUGACCAGACCGUGCAGUACAAUCCGUUUAUGCUACUGAGCCAUGAAACGAACGUCGGUGAUGUGGUUGCCGCAGCGGCUGGACUGUGCAACGUGCCGCCAGCAGACGUCGAGGACAUAUAUCCCUGUACUGCUCUACAGCAAGGACUCUUGGCCCUUACUGCGAGAAACCCCAAUCAAUAUGUCUCCCGAAGCGUAUUGGAACUGCAACACGACAUUGACCCAGCCCGGCUUGCCGAUGCUUGGCUGACCGCGACAAGUGAACUGUCUGUACUCAGAACGCGGAGUGUGGACAUUUCGCCGCUUGGCUUGGUUCAAGUUGUCGUGAAAGAACUUCCAAUGCAGCAUGGCUCGGAUGUUGAAAGCUACAUCCGGCACGAUGAGCAGAAGCCAAUGGUCCUAGGUGCCGCUCUGUGUCGUGCUGCGCUGAUUGGACGCUCCUUCGUCCUGACCAUUCAUCACAGUAUAUACGACGGCGUAUUCUUGUCCAUGCUGCUAAGAAAACUCGAAGCCAAGUACUUUUCCCGUAGCGACGCCAUGACGACUCCAUUUAGCAGUUUCGUCCGAUAUCUGUCAAGCAUAAGUCCGGAGAAGUCUAGAGCUUUUUGGAGUCGUAGACUUGGCGAGCACGACUAUCGAGCCUUCCCCGAGCUGCCUCCAGCUGUUGACGGGCCACGAGCCAAUAGUGAAAGCGCUAGUAACAUCACUAUAAGCUGGCUUCACGAUGGCAGUACACCUAGUAUCGUUAUCCAGUCGGCUUGGGCACUGGUCAGUGCUCGAUUCUCGAUGGCCACCGCAGUCAUCUUUGGAACAGUGUCAAGCGGCAGGCAAGUCGAUCUUCCAGGCAUAGACGAUUGCGCUGGGCCCACUGUUUGCACAGCGCCGGCUGCGGUGUCUGUCCCGUGGAACGAAAGUGUUGCUACCUUCCACGCUUACCUUCGACAGCGAGACCUAGAUGCCUUGCCAUACAUGCACUAUGGUCUCCAGAACAUUGCAUCCGCAGUCGAAACGUCACGUUCUUCUGGACUCUUUCAGACUCUGCUUGUCGUGCAUCCCAACUCAACGGACAGAGGUCUCCAAUCAGAUGGCUCGAUCUUCAAAGCUCGUAGCUACGGCGCUACUUUGGCCAGCACGGGAUCCGAUCCAUUCAACACUCACGCGCUUUCGGUUUCCUGUUGGCUGACUGACACUGGAAUGCGGCUAGUCUUGAGUUAUGACGAUGCGAUACUCACAGGGGCGCAAAUUCAGAUAUUGAUGCAAAGUUUUCAGGACACAUUACACAGCAUGUGCACGAACGCACAGCAAAAGGUAGAGGAGGUGGCUGGCGUGGAUUCGGAGCGGCUGUAUCAUUUUUGGAGCCAUAAACCGACUGUGAAACCCAUCAGUCCACAGAGUGGCGCCAGAUCGAGUGAAGGACAGAUUGACAGAGAGCAGCGUCCAAGUCAGCAGACAAAGCAGCAUGACUUCUCGGCCAAUGGCAAGAAAUGGUCCCACUCUAGACAAAGCGAACAACGGAGCGGGCCCACAGAUCGCCUUCGAGAGCAAAUAAUCUCCCUGUACAAUGUCAAUGAGGAGGAUAUCGAGGAUAUUUACCCGUGUACCCCACUGCAAGAGAGCCUCGUUGCCCUCUCGGAGCGACGCCCUGGUGACUACAUCGGAUUAGACAUCCUUCCACUUGCGGAAUCGGUCAAUGUCCAUCGUUUCCGAAACGCAUGGGAGACCACUGUCGGUGCCGCGCCGAUCUUGCGCACACGCAUCGUCCACGUGCCCGGUAAAGGGUUUCACCAGGUCGUCUCCCGUCACCUGACACCGUGGUCUACCGCAACCUCGCUGGAUGAAUUUGUGCGAGAAGAAGGGCCCACUGCCACGUCUCUGGGGCUUCCGCUCACCAGAUAUGGUAUCGUCAACGGACAAGAAAGCCCCGUGCCGGUCUUUGUGUUGAAAAUGCACCAUGCAGCGUAUGAUGGCAUCACCAAUAUGCUCAUUCGAGAGACACUGCAGACAUGCUAUCAGCAAAACGUCAUGACUCGAUUGGUUCCGUUCAAGCAUUUUGUGGAUCACAUCACAUCCUGCGACGCUGGAGCCGCACGUGAGUUCUGGGACAAACAAUUUCAGAACUUGGAUGUGCAGCACUUCCCUUUCGUUCAAUCGCGGGAUUACCAGCCUCGUCCGGACUUGCUCAUCUCACACGUGAUUGAGAAGUUGAAAUGGCCGCAUGGAGACAUCUUGCCGUCGACCAUCAUCCGUGCCGCGUGGGCCAUAGUGUGCUCGAGAUACUCCAACUCACCAGAUGUCGUCUUUGGCGCCAUAGUCUCGGGUCGCCAGGCAUCACUAGCCGACAUUGAUCGUAUUUGCGGACCCACCAUUGCAGCUUUGCCGAUGAGAGUCCUCGCACAGCCAGGAAUGCAAGUCGGUGCUUUUCUGCAGCAGGUACAAGACCAAGCGCUUGACAUGAUUCCCUUUGAGCAGACUGGUGUCCAUCAGAUCUCCAAGAUCAGCAACGCCGUCCGCGAUGCCUGUGAGUUUCGAUCGAUGCUCGUCAUUCAGCCCAACCAAGCCAUGAACAUCGCCGAAAGCACUCUGUUCACCGGCACUGGCCGAGAAAGUCAAUCGCUUGACUCGCACCACAGAUUCAACAGUCAUGCUCUGAUGGUGAUAUGCAAACUUGGUCAGGGCGACAUGUCGUUGCAACUCAGCACGGACUCCAAGAUCAUGGAUCGCAGCGCAACUUCGCUCCUCGCUAGCCAUUUUGCACAAGUCAUCGACGAGUUGUGUAGGUCCGACAAGGAAGUGACACUAUCCGAGGUGGACAUGAUGACACCGGCGGAGUUGGUCCAGUUGUGGCAAUGGAACAAGCCUGUUGAGCCGGCAGAUGACGUCUUAGUGCACGAUAUGAUCGCCAGACAAACGCGACAGACGCCCGACGCUAUUGCCAUCUCUGCUUGGGAUGGCAAGCUCACGUAUCAACAGCUCGAUCAAGUCUCUACCGCUAUAGCGCGGCGCAUAUUGGACCUUGAAGUGACCAGCAACAAGAUCGUUCCAAUCUGCUUCGACAAGUCAGUAUGGACCACUGUCGCUUUCCUUGGCGUGGUCAAGGCUGGAUGUGCGGUCCUUAUACUUGAACCCAGCCUGCCAGCGGCUCGACUCCAGGCAAUCACUAUACAGAUCGAACCUCAUCUCAUAGUGUGUCGGAGUGAGAACAAGCAGCUUUGCUCCCAGCUUUGCGAUCGCGUACUGGAGAUUGAUGACAUUUGCCGUCAGGUGCCGGAUCGACUCGGGUUUGAGUCCCUUUCCAUUGACAAACAGCUUCCCAUGGUAAGGAAGACUGACAAUCUCUACGUCGUCUAUACCUCUGGUAGUUCUGGUACUCCCAAAGGUUGCAUGAUCACUCAUAGCAACAUGGCCUCUGCAGUUGUACAACAGCGCCAUUGCCAUAAACUGAAUGGUGAUUCUCGCAUGUACGAUUUCUCUGCAUAUUCGUUCGAUGCUCACCACUGGUGUGUGAUACACACUCUUUGCGCAGGCGGUACUGUCUGUGUUCCUUCGGACACGGAGAAACAAGAUUGUCUGCUGCAGAGUCUCCAGUCGCACGGUGUGACCGACGUGGUGAUUACUCCUGCGACUGCCAGAAUGAUAGACCCCAGAUCAGUUCCGACUCUCCGCAAUGCGUUCAUUGUGGGAGAUGUGAUGCAGAGCGAGGAACUCGGUCCUUGGGCUGCACACACUUGUCUCAGGUACGCGUACGGGCCAACGGAGACUACAUGCUGGGCUACGAGUUGGGAACCACCCGUUCCAGUGCCUGCAACCAUUUCGAUCGGAAAGGGAGAUGGACAGGUCACCUGGCUAGUUGACCCCGAGGAUAACAAUCGUCUAGCUCCAAUUGGGACAGUGGGCGAGCUUUACUUGGAGGGUCCUUUGGUAGGCAAUGGAUACCUUGGCAAUGAAUCGGCCACUCGAGCUGCGUUUGUUGAUUCCCCUUCGUGGCUAUCAAAGGGCUCAGAUGGUAGUAAUGGUAGGCGAGGCAGAGUCUAUCGUACUGGAGACCUGGCAAAGUACAGUCCAGUCGACGGCAACAUCAUCUUAAUGGGAAGGAGAGAUAAUCAGAUCAAGUUGAACGGCCGACGCAUUGAGCUCGGGGAGAUUGAACGCCAAUUCAGCAUAUCCUUGGCCAAGGGGUUUGGUCCACUCGCCCUUGCAGCAGAGGUUGUCACACCGGACGUCUUGAACCGGCAGAUCAUCGCGGUAUUCCUGCAGGCUUGCGAUGCUGAAUGGUCGAGGAUAACACAGUGUCUUGACGAGAUCAGAGAGGACCUGUCACGGCGGCUGCCAAUCUACAUGAUACCGAACACAUACGUGCCUCUUCAGACUAUGCCAUUGAACGGCUCCUCGAAGAUAGAUCGCAAGAUGUUGCGGGAGAUUGGCAAGAAGUUGCGUCAAGCGCAGCUUGUAGUUGCUUCAGGUCGUGCAUCAAUCGCCAUCCCGGCCACAGACAAUGAGCGCCGGUUGCAGAAGAUGUGGUCUCAGGUACUGCAUAUACCUCUCGAUAGUAUCGGACGAGGAAGCAGCUAUUUCCGAGCGGGUGGGGAUUCAAUCACGGCGAUGCAACUCAUGAGUCUCGCUCGCCAGUCCGGGUUCUGUCUACCCGUAUCCGACAUCUUGACAAAGCCGUGUCUGGAGGACAUGGCAGACGUGAUGAAGCCUGUCAGUGAUGAGUCGAAGAGCACAUUGACCAAGCCUUUCUCGCUUCUGAAUCAUCCGGGGGGAGCUGGAGACGUGUGUCGAGAGGUCGCUCAGCAAUGCAAAGUGGACAUCAACAGCGUGGAAGAUUGCUUCCCAUGCACUGCCGUGCAAAAGUCUCUUCUCGCGGUAACAUCAAAGCGACCUGGCGACUACAUUGCCCACAUCCCAAUCACCUUGAGCAAUGACAUCGAUUUUCCUCGCCUUCAACAGGCUUGGGAGACUGUUAGUCGUAACGCUGCUCCAACUCUCCGAAACAGAGUCCUACUUAUUGAAGGCGAAGGUUUCAUCCAGGCUCAACUACGUACGCCUCUCGAGUGGUCGCUCCACGAUAGCAUCAAAGCCUUUUCGAAAUACGCCGCGAGGGAGCCAAUGUCGCUCGGUAGCAGCCUGACCAGACUUGCCUUUGUGGAAGACGUCCGCACGAGGAGAAAGCUCUGCAUUCUGACUCAACAUCAUGUUAUGCAUGACGCCGCUUCCAUCUCUCUGCUUCUGGGGCAAGUCAAAGAUGCAUACAACAACGUCGAUGAGACAAAGCCAGCCGCGUCCUUCCAGAGCUUCCUACAUCACGUACUAAGUGUGGACAAGGAUGAUUCUCGCGGUUUCUGGGGGAAGCAAUUCGCAGACUGCAACGCCACCUCCUUUCCUGUCCUUCCACACGAGGGGUAUCAAUCACAAGCCAACAGUACGGUGAAAAGCACACUCACCAACCUGCCCUGGCCUCAGCAAGAUGUCACGCCAGCAGUCACUGUACGAGCAGCGUGGGCGAUUCUUUCGGCACGCUAUACGGAUUCUGACGACGUUGUAUUCGGCGUCCUCAGUACUGGGCGUCAAGCACCUCUUGAUGGCAUCGAGAAUACCAUAGCGCCGUUGAUAGCUGCAAUCCCCGUCAGAGUCAAGUGGGAGUCAACCACGACCGUGCAUGAACUCCUCGCAAUGAUGCAGAAGCAAGCCAUUGACUUGACUGCCUUUGAACAGAGUGAUAUAGCCCACAUCCAGGCCGCGAGCGAUGAUGCCAAAGACGGAGCAAGAUACAAUGCCUUGCUGGUCAUUCAACACUUCAAACAAGCACCCACAGUCACGCAUGUAGAUGGGCCCUUCACUGACGUCUCAUAUUCACUGGAUGGCGGAGACCUGAACCAUUUCAAUCCUCACGCGGUAAUGGCCAUGUUCCAGCUCCAAGAAACAGGAGACUUGUGCAUGGAAGUCAACUUUGACACGAACGUACUCAGUCCAACCCAGGCAAAUUUGUUGCUUGGCCAUUUUGAACAAGUUUUGCGCCACGUCUGCACCUCCGCCGCCAGCAGUACCGUCAAUGACAUUAGUAUGCUGGGAGAGCGCGAUUUGCAGUUGAUAUGGAAGUGGAAUGCUAUCCUCCCAGAGACUGUUCCUGCCUGCGUGCAUGACCUGAUUGCCGACAGAAUCUCUCGUCAACCAGAUAGCCAGGCGCUCUGCGCAUGGGAUGGAGAGCUUACCUACGGAGAGCUAGAUGUGCUUUCUUUGGCAUUGGCUAAUCAAAUGCUGGUCCUGGGAGUGACGCCUGGUUCUGUCAUUCCACUUUGCUUCGAAAAGUCCAUGUGGCAGCCCGUGGCAGCAUUAGCAACGAUGAGAGUAGGCGCGACUUGCGUCUCCAUGGACUGUACUCAACCAGAGGGACGUCUACGGAGCAUUGUAAGCAGGAUCGAGCCUAGAUUCAUACUUGCCUCGACGGCCAAUGAGUCCCUGGCGCGAAGGCUCUACAACGCCGAGAUCAUCAUCACGGGUCCACGUUUGCGGGACCUUCAAUCGCCAGGACAUGUCAGUCUGCCUGUGGUAGAUCCAAACGACCUAUUGUUCGUGGUCUUCACCUCCGGCUCGACAGGUUUGCCAAAAGGGGUGAAGACAUCACACCAAAGCUUUGCCACGGCAGCAACACACCAGCAACAAUCCUUGCGAGUUGGUCCGGGAACCCGUCUAUUCGAUUUUGUGUCCUACAGCUUCGAUGUUGCUUGGUCCAAUCUCAUCAACACUCUGAUCUGUGGCGCGUGUCUCUGCAUUCCCUCAGAAGACGACCGGAAGAAUGACAUCCCAGGCGCGUUCAACCGUCUCAAAGCCAACUAUGCCUACUUCACCCCUACAGUGGCGCACUCGAUUGAUCCGAUGAUGCUGCCGAGCCUGAGGGUAUUGGCAAUGGGAGGCGAAGCGAUCCCUCCUUCGGAAGUUGAGCGUUGGAGACAAACAGAGGCUGUUAUUGGCAUCUAUGGCCCAGCAGAGUGCGCGCAAGCGCUGUGUCUCGUAGACUUGCGUCGCAGUACCCUGCCGAGCUCCGUUGGGCAUUCAUAUGGAGCGAGAGCGUGGCUGAUAGAGCCAGGUCGAAUCGAUCGUCUUGCUCCAAUUGGCGCGGUCGGAGAAUUGGUCAUAGAGGGCCCAGCGGUGGCCAUGGGCUACUGGAAUGAUGCCAAGAUGACGAAAACGUCGUUCUUGGAAAGUCCUGGGUGGCUCCAAGCACGAUCAAGCACUUUAAGCCGUGUCUACAAGACGGGAGAUCUACUUCGCUACAAUGACGAUGGCUCUAUGACUUUCAUUGGCCGAAAAGAUCAAAUGGUCAAACUUCGUGGCCAGCGAAUUGAGCUGAGUGAAGUCGAGCAUCAUCUGCAGAAGUGUCUACAGAUGCAUGCGGCACUCUGCAAGGCAGUGGCGGCGGAGAUUAUCGCGCCGUGUAACAGUCAAGCGCCCGUCCUGGCUGCAUUCGUUGCAUUGCAAGACACAGCAACGCACAAACGCUUGGAUCGGACAGUGCGGCUGUCUCGGGCGUUGGAAAACAUCGAGCAAGAUCUGAUCGAGUCGCUGCCACUGUACAUGAUCCCCAGUGUAUACAUUGUGCUUGACGAGAUGCCCAUGACGACGACCGACAAAGUAGACAGGCGCACAUUGCGGCGGAUAGGCGGUGAAAAGAGGCUCGAAGAUCUCGCAAGCAUGCAAUUCAAUAGUGCGAGAUCCUCACAGAAUGGACCAAAUACAGAGAUGGAGCGAAGGUUGCAACAGCUGUGGUCUCAGGUCCUUGGAAUUGAUGCAUCGAGUAUCAGGUCUCAAAGCAGCUUCCUUCGCAUCGGCGGCGAAUCGAUAUCUGCCAUGAGGUUGGUCGCCGCAGCAAGACAAGUAGGAAUCUCCUUCACAGUCGCAGACAUAUUCAAGAACCCGCGCCUCAGUGGACUAGCACAGGUGGCCAAGGAGAUCGCGGAUGAGCAAAUAGCCAGUGUAAAUCUUCCGCGGAAGCCCUUUUCGCUAUCGCCGGGAGCUGGCGAUGCCAAUCCUCUCGGCUUCCUGUACGACAUUGUUGAGCCACUCCUAGAGGGUGCAGCGGACCUGGACGACAUUCAAGACUUCUUGCCUGCUACUGAUUUCCAGGACCUUGCCGUCCGCGAAGCCUUACAAAAGCUGCCUGGGCGUCUGCCGCAUUUCAUCAUCGACCUUCCGCAAAACGUUGAUGUAGCUCGUCUUCGAUGGGCUUGCAAGCGGCUAGUGGAGCACUUCGAGAUACUACGCACUGUGUUCGUCGAAAUGAAAGGAAAGGUGUGGCAGGUACAGCUUAGCAACGUGAAGAUGCGCUUCGAAGUCAUCAAAGCGGAGGGCAAAGAGGUUGGCGAGGUGGUCGCCGCAGUGUGCGAGCGAGAUCUUCGCAGGUCCCGGACAUGGGCAGGAUCUUUGGUUGCCUUCAUGGUCGUGACGAGCCCCUCGCAACAGCAAAAGUUCAUAUUCAGGCUGUCGCAUGCUCAGUUCGACGACCACAGCAUCGCAGCAAUGCUCACGACUUUGACAUUAUUCUACAAAGGCGAAAGUGUGCCAGCGCCUCGCGCCAAUUUUGGAGACGUAGUUGCAUACAACCACCAGAGGAGGAUGAGCAGUCUCAAAUACUGGCGAGCUCGGCUUCAGGGUUCGUCGCCGCCAAUCUCAGCAUCGAGGCAAUCCAGUACCGCCCUUCCCACGCCUGCUGAAAGCUUAUCAUUUCAUAUCAGCAUACCCCUGCCACCAGCCGCGGCCUGCAGAGGUAUCCCCUUGGGUACAAUAUACCACGCAGCUUGCGUCCUGGUGCUAAGCCAACACUUCCAUCAGACGGAUAUUGUCAUUGGCCGGCUCGUGACAGGCCGAGCCUCACUUCCGGGAGACCUCCAAGACGCCGUCGGUCCUUGUCUUGUCGAGCAGCCCAUUAGAUACACAGCGGAGCCUGACGAUGACUUGUGGAGAAUCGCGCAGAGACUUCAGCGGCGGUUCGUCGAAGAUGCAAGCCACGAGGGUAUAGGCAUGGAAGAGCUCAUUGGAGAAGCAACCUCAUGGCCGGAAGGCUGCCGCGAUUUUGGGUGGCGCACUGCCUUUCAGCAGCCAGACGGACCUUUGCUGCAUUUCCUCGGGCAUGAUUCCGAGGCCAAGCUUGCUGUGUUUGAUAGGUCGUUUCCUGCUCGUGCUCGGCCCGAGUUGUAUGCGACACCUCGCGACAAUCUGCUAGAAUUGUGUUUUGAAGGGAACCGGAUUUCGGAGGAUUUGGGGUCCGUUCAAGAGAUAGUCCAAAAAAUAGCAGACGUACUACUAUUACGUCUGGGAGAAUAG